AUGAUUCUGAAAGGUUUGCCCGAAUCAUUUAAGCCGUUUGCCAUCCACAUAACGCAGAGUGACGAGCCGACAACUUUUGGCAAGUUCAAAACCAAGUUGAGGAGCUAUGAAAGCACCGAGAAGUUUAGCGCCAUUUCCACUGACGACAACGUGAUGAAGAGAUCCACAGGGAAGAAAUCUAACUGCUACUCUGAGUGUGGGAAGAGAUUCACCUCCUCAGCAGGCAUUAAAAUUCAUCAGAGAAUCCAUACAGGAGAGAAACCUUUUACCUGUACUCAAUGUGGGAAGGGUUAUAGCUCAUCUAGCAGUCUGACAGUACACAAGAGAAUACACACAGGAGAGAAACCUUAUAGCUGUGGUCAAUGUGGGAAGAGUUUUGGUCAAUCUCGCCAUCUGGUAUCACACCAGAGAACACACACAGGAGAGAAACCUUAUAGCUGUGGUCAAUGUGGGAAGAGGUUUGCUGCAUCUAGCACUCUGACUCAACACCAGAGAACACACACAGGAGAGAAAUCUUAUAGCUGUGGUCAAUGUGGGAAGAGUUUUACUACAUCUAGCACUCUGACUCUACACCAGAGAACACACACAGGAGAGAAAACUUAUAGCUGUGGUCAAUGUGGGAAGAGUUUUGGUCAAUCUGGACAGCUGACAGUGCACCAGAGAAUAGACACAGGAGAGAAACCUUAUAGCUGUGAUCAAUGUGGGAAGAGUUUUACUACAUCUAGCACUCUGACUCUACACCAGAGAACACACACAGGAGAGAAACCUUAUAGCUGUGGUCAAUGUGGGAAGAGGUUUGCUGCAUCUAUCACUCUGACUCAACACCAGAGAAUACACACAGGAGAGAACCCUUAUAGCUGUGAUCAAUGUGGGAAGAGUUUUGGUCAAUCUGGACAUCUGACAGUGCACCAGAGAAGACACACAGGAGAGAAACCUUAUAGCUGUGAUCAAUGUGGGAAGAGUUUUACUACAUCUUGCGAUCUGACUUCACACCAGAGAACGCACACAGGAGAGAAACCGUAUAGCUGUAAUCAAUGUGGGAAGAGUUUUACCACAUCUGGCUCUCUGACUUCACACCAGAGAACGCACACAGGAGAGAAACCUUAUAUCUGUGGUCAAUGUGGGAAGAGUUUUAAUCAAUCUAGCUAUCUGACAAUGCACCAGAGAACGCACACAGGAGAGAAACCUUAUAUCUGUGGUCAAUGUGGGAAGAGUUUUAGUCAA